AUGUUGACUCCAGCGACCGGAGCGCUGGCCGAAUACUUUUCGUGGGAGCGUGAGGCGUGGGUCGAGAUAUUGGCCGAUGUCGACGGCGACGAGCGCGAACAUUUCCUGCCGCUCGAGUCGCUCAAGUCCUACUUCACCAUGUGUGACGACUGGCACCGAAAGAACCUCGACUGCAUCCUCGCCGAAGUCUUCCAGACCGACCUGCCACCUAUCGAUGCCGACCUCAUCCUCCGUGACCACGCCGCCGUAUUCUGCAUCCUCCUCAACAUCAACCGCGCCCAGCACAUUGAGCAUUUCGCCUGCUUCGAGGAACUCUCGGACCGCCGCCUGCCCUUUGACAUAACGCGACCGCCGCGACACUUUCCGCGCCAUCCCGAGUUCCUCUCCGAAUUUUGCGCCGUCCAGAAACGCUACUGCGUACCAAUCUUUGAUGCCCACAUGUUGCACAAGCACUUUGAAAGUCAGCGUCUGCUCCCCAUCACCUUCAGACGCCCACUGAAUACGCGUGGGACUCCGCGUACCGCCAUCAUAGGCAUCUACAAGUUGAACAAUCACAUUACCACAGCCGCCGCCAAAUGCAACUUUCCCGAGUCCUCGCCGACGUCGGAGCCUUUUGAAACCACAGCCAACACUUUUGUCGUCGAGACCUAUGCGGCCGGGGAUGAACUAAGCGCCUACACGCGAAAGAUCAGUCUCCUCCGGCCCCUCAAGAACGCCAAGGGACUCAUUAGCUUCUAUGGCAGCUAUGAGCACCGCGACCGCUCACACAUCCUUCUCGAAUACGCCGACAAGGGCACCCUCGACCAUUUCUUCCAAAACGAAGCGCCGCCGAGUCGAGGCGACGAUAUUGUCGACUUUUGGGAAAAUUUGCUGCAGCUGGCCAAGGGCUUGCGCGCCAUCCACACUGUUAAGGAGGCCCAUUACGACGUGUCGCCCGCAAAUAUCCUUGUCUUGAGCAAAGGUGUGCCAUCCCCAUGCCAUUGGCAGUUUAAAUUUUCUUGCCCCGGCCUGCCCCUCCCUCCGCUCCACACAACACCAGCAGCUCAAUGCUACGCUCCGCCCACAGCCUUGACGCAUCGUCACGGUGGUGCCAAUGCAGCGGGAGCCGACAUCUGGUCUCUCGGUCGUAUCCUCGGUGAGGCAGCUUUUUGGGUCGCUGAGGGCUGGAAGGGUGUUCUCGACUACCGCCAGCAGAUGGCCCAGGCCUUAUACUCCGACACCAACGCUUACCAUGAUGACGACGACGACGAUGACGAUGAUGGCGAACAGAUGUUCCAAACCAUUUUCGAUAUCCACGGUGAACUUGAACAUCAUCUCCGUCGUUCAGAUCAUAUCACCAAGGAUAUCCUUGACACGCUCGUCGACGAAAUGCUAUGGGACGAAACUCCACCCAGUAUGGAGACCGUUACGCGACAGGCCGAUGUCGUCAUCAGCCGGGCACGGCAAAAGCUCCGCGCUUCGACCUCAUCGCGACGCUCAACUUGCUCCUCUCGCCGCAGUCGCUCGCGCAAUCCUACGCGCUCAAAUACGCCGCCGCCACCACUACCGCUACCUUCUUUCAUGGCCGAUGCCAAGGCCGACUCGCUCUGCUCCAGCCUACGCUUUCCCCAGCACGUAGAGAGUUGGCGGAUGCACGUAACCUCCCACUCCACUGCCAUCUCGACACCGGCCUCAAACCGAGCCUCGCUCUUUAGCGGCGUUGGGAGUGACUCUUCUCGCGUCUCGGGUGACCAUGUAUAUCUCGGCGGCAUAGAAAGUCGCACACCAGAACUAGAAAUCGAUGCGCCUGCCACAAGCUGGUUCUUGGACAGUCCGACAACCGACUCGGCCAUUACGCCCCUAACCUCGCCACCGACAAGCGUACAUCCAUCGCAAACACCAGCUCUCGACGUGAAGCAGUCGCCCUGCAUUCACGACGGAAGUGAGCUUGCCAUUGAGACUACACCGAUGAAGACAUACCAAAUUAUGCACGACAGCGAGGCAGCUGAUGUCAUAGAGCCGACGCUAACCUAUCCAUCAUCUGAGGUCAAUAAACCCCUUACAGUCAGCGAGACCAGCCUCAUGGACCAUCCCAUUGGUCAGGACCAGUCGGCCGCGCUCGACGCUCAGUGGGGCCGGCAGACGAACAAUGACGAGGUACGACUCGGCGGAGCGUUGCAGACGCUCCCGUCGCAAGAGUAUUUUCUCAAGUUUCGCAAGUCGCCUCCGCUGCCGCGAUUCGCUGGUCCUAGUUCGGUGACGUUGCCGGGAAAUUCUCUAGUUCCGCCAACGCCAAAAUCUACUAAUAUGGAUGCCGUCUACUCCAAUAGGGAUCGCCUCGCACCGCACGCGUCUGUCGGGCCACGACCAUCAGCAUCCACCAACUUUUCCUACUGUCGCCCACAUACCGGUCACGAUUCGCAGCUCCCAUCCCGUAGCUACCACUCCCGCAAGGCCGUCGAGAGCAUAGGCGAGUUUUCUCGCAGUCCGUCUACACACUCCAUCUCAUCGGUUGCCUUUGAGGUCAAGGCCCCUGGGGUCGAGAAUACGCGACAUAACUCGGUGCGUUCAUCGGUUAGCUCCUCUCGCACUACGACUUCCAACCGGCCGAGCAUUGGAUCGACGAUAUUGUCGAAAGGUCGUCGCAUCUCGUCGGCCAUGAACACUAGACGCAACUCUCUCCUUUCCCUUCCCGAUAGCGACAACUCUUUCCAGGCCGGUACAACCAGUAGACUUUCGCCACUUUGCGAACCAGCCAAUUGCGCUGCCGAGGGCCAAGGGGAUUACCUUGACGUCGACACGUGCCGACAGUGGAAGAAGCUUAGCAAGGCCAAUAAGAAGAAGAAACAACAGCCUCCCCUGCUACCCGGGACUGAGCAUCUAGAGGCGCUAGAGCAGCGAGAUCACAUUUUCAUUGUUGAUGACUCGGAUUCCAUGGGACCGCACUGGAUGAAUGUCUGCCACGUCUUUGAGGGCCUCAGCUACAUGGUGAAGGGCAUGUCACCGGGCGGAACGGAGCUCUUCUUUACAGUAUCGUGCGAUACGCGGCGACGCAAGGGCACGCAAGACCUAUGCCAGUACCUGGCAAAACAUCGACUGCAAAAGGCGCAGACCAACAUUGCUCGGCGCCUAGAUCUUCAGUUAGCCGCUUACCGCAUGAAACUAUCGAGCAUGAAGAGGGGUGCAAAGGAGGUGCGGCCGGUCAGCUACUACAUUUUGAGCAACGGUGACUGGACAGAGGCGUCGAUGGCGGAACUUCAGAGCACGCUCGAGAGGACGGCGGGCUUGACGCAGAAGCUCGGCCUGCAGCAGCAGAUACUGGUCAGUUUUGUGCGGUUUGGCGAGAGCGAGGGGUCUGCGGGCAUGAUUAAUAGGUUGGCGUGGGAUGGCGUCGGCGUCAGGGUUGCGUCGACGGCGCGAACAGGCAACGUCUGGGAGAUGCUGCGUGGCAAAGACGACGAGGACAAGUGCAUGGGUACGAGGAGCUGGCAGGGUGAGGAGGCCAGUGCGACAGGGCACAGGGCUCGUGAGUUGGAGGAGACGGAGCAAGCAAGGGCCAAGGCGGCAGCGACGUCGACGAGCGGGUCGAGGAGUCAGGAGACGAGUGCGGCGAGCGAGAUUGCCGGGAUCUUUGAGUUGGCUUAG